UUGACAGACACCACGGAAUGUGUUAAGCAGAGUCCUAAAGUCGCGAUGAUGCCAAAGACCGUCAGACAUGGACUUCUUCUGGCUCUGGCUUUGGCGACAGCAGGAGUCUACUUGAUGAACAGCAUGACCAGGUCACGAAAUAUUGCAAUUCUCGAACCGAAACCUUUGUCUGAUCAAUACACACGUCCGCCAGAAGUCAGAAACUGGCUCACUGUACCAAGUACCUGCUUCGCCAGCAUGGACGCCUCCUACGAACUUCUGAAAAAAAAGUACAACGAAGACAAGCUGGACUUCCGGAUCGUGGAAGCUUUCCAGGUAGCACGUGACUCCCUGUCAGACGUGGAGCUGGACAUUCUCAAGGACGAGCCGCUGACCGACGUCAACGCCGCUGCCACGCACACCACGUCGUUGCUGCAGCUGGCGGGGCUGGUGCCGAACCGCACGUACCGACAGGGAGAGGUCGUGACCGUGCGGGUGGACAUCCGUGACGCCCACAGCAGGCCGGCUAACAAGGGAGGUCACUCUGUCCGGGUGUGGAUGGCUGACAGAGCGCGGGGGUUGUCUGCCGCUGCUUCUGUCGCCGAUCUGAACAAUGGCAGCUACCUGGCGUCAUUUCCUGUCUUGUGGGCCGGUCGGACCACCGUGUUCGCUGCUCUGAUGGAGUCACGUGAGUACAGACGCAUUCUGCUUCACGGGCUGGACACCAGGAAGACCAGUCAGCCUGUCUUCGCAGGUUUCACCAUGGGAAACAUCAGUGAAACCACCUUCUGCCUGUCAGUUCCCGUCAUCCCCUCCACUGCGGAAGUUUGUAAUUUUACAUCAGUUAAUGACGGUUUGCCCUGGUACUGUGGUCGACCUACCAACCCUGAACUCACUUGUGACGACUGGUUUGUGUCACGAUCCCCGUUUGAUGGGAUGAAAGAGUCGCCAGUCACACAGUCUGAGGCUCUGUUACUGAAUCAUAUGAAGGAGUAUACAGCAAAGAAAGGUCGGAUUUUCCGCCUGCCUCAGACUGUACACAUCAAUGCCGAUGGUGGUACCGGACACAAAGCUGACCAGCCCUGUCACCUGCUGCAGCCUCGUGUCACGUGGGACGAUCGGUCGCCGAGUGGAUUUUGGAGUGGACAGAACUGGAGCCACUUGCUGUGUCAGCUUCCUUCUCUCAACUCCCUCUUCUUGGAAAAAUGCUUCAAGAACAAGACUUUCUUCAUGCUGGGGGACUCCAAUGCAAGAACGAUAUUUGAGGCCAUCGCACGAUUGUCUAAAUGUACCAUGUCUUUGGCCGUCCAUCCUUCAAAUUUGCCGACCCAUAUCCCAAAGUCCUGCGACAGCAAAGUUCUCAGCUUUCACCAAGAAUGGAAACCACACGCUUACCCAUUCCACAACAGUGCUCCAUGGAACUUUCGACUUGUUAAACACUCGGCUAGCUUUUACCUUGACAGAAUACCUAGUCGCGGAAAUUACGUCAUCCUUAUUCACCUGUACCUUCACUUUCAGUUCCAUCAUUCUCACCUGUUCAUGUUGCACGUACGAGACGCGGUGCGUGGGGUUCGCGACCUUCUAGCGAGAAACCCUGCGGCGAAGGUUGUGGUUCGAGGACCUCAUGCGUGGCUCCCCGUGUCAGGAGACUGGCAUGGACUGCGCGUGCGCAGACUUCUGCGCGAGGAGUUCCGGCGACUGGAGGAUAAAGUUGUGUACCUUGACUUCUGGGACAUGACGGUGGCCUGUGAAAAUUUACUGUCUCACCCAGACCAGUAUGUUUUAAACACGAUGACAAGAAUAUUUCUUGGUCACGUAUGUUCGUGACAAUUAAGUAUUUCAUAAACUAAAUAACAAAUCAAUGCAAAUAAUAGUUUCAGCACAUAUCUUCAUUUUUCAGGACACUGCGAUAGAGAUACGUGGAGACUUCUAUGGUGCUUCUUCGAAUGAUGUUAUCAUCUUACGAUAUAAUUAUGUGUGUUGAAGCUGUCAGCCGUUGUUGGCAGUAGUCCUCUCAACCGUUUCGUAUUCUUUUUGUCAAAACGUAU